UAUGGCAAUCAAUCUGAUCACGUGAAAUUUAAGGUUGCUGGGUCCCUUCCUUACACAUUAAAAUGGCUAUCAAUCAAUAUGAGAGCUGGUUUCAGCUCACUGCAAAACCUGAUUGAGUACCAACCAACGAUGUCUGGCCCAAAGUGCUGCCAAAAUCCUCCGGCUAUCUCCUCUGGCGAGGAAGACGGUGGUGAGGUCUUGCAAAUUGCAUCACUCAGUUCCUACGUUUCCGGCAAUCCUGAUUCCAUAACCGCCAUUAUUCUUGUUUCUGAUAUAUUUGGUUUUGAAGCUCCCAAACUGAGGCAACUUGCAGACAAAGUUGCAGCUGCUGGAUAUUAUGUACUUGUUCCUGAUUUCUUAUUUGGAGACUAUUGGACUCCUGAAACUCAGUUAGAUGACUGGACAAAAAAGCAUGCACCUGAGCAAACAGUUGAAUUUGCUAAACCAGUUGUAGAGGCUCUCAAAGAGAAGGGUAUAUCCAAAAUUGGGUCUGCAGGUUUUUGUUGGGGAGCUAAGGCGGUUGUAGAUCUAGCAAAGGAAGCCGAAAUACAAGUUGCAGCACUCUUACAUCCUAAUUUUGUCACUUUAGAUGAUAUCAAGGGGGUUAAGGUCCCUAUAGCGAUACUAGGUGCUGAAUUCGACGAAUUUUCUCCACCUGAACUCAUCAAAGAAUUCGAGGCCGCACUAAUCGUAAAUGAGGUUUACCACUUUGUGAAAAUAUAUCCUGGCGUCGGCCAUGGUUGGGCCAUUAGAUACAACGAUGACAAUCCAACAGAAGUGAAAUCUGCAAAAGAGGCUCAGCAGGAUCUUGUGGAUUGGUUUGGGAAAGCAUUUAAAGACCUAACACUACUAGAAAAUUGCUACUAUUCCCACGUCAAUUCCCGUGGGAAAUCCAUGGGUAAGUGCAGUUUAUAAACAUGCAAUAAAGGAGAGAUGCAGGCAGAUGUUUGAGAAGAUCCUUAAUAAUUAAAUAAAGUGUGGCCAAAGAUGUUAUCUAUUACUUUUAUAAUUAUCUUCAAUUAAGUUC